AUGUCUUCCAUAGCUUCUGCGCACUCUGCCAAGGAGGUGCCCCCAGCCGAGCGGCCUCAGCCAGUCGCGACUGUCGAUGAAGAUACUGAAAAGAAUUUCCGGCCAAAGUCCUUCACGUUCUGGACGAUUAUCAUUGGCAUAUAUCUGUCGAUUUUUCUUGUCGCAUUGGAUCGAACUAUUAUUGCAACGGCCAUUCCACGCAUCACCGACGAAUUCAACUCUAUCCAGGACAUCGGUUGGUAUGGCAGUGCCUACAUGUUGACUGCCGCCUGUUUUAAUCCCAUUUCUGGCCGCGUCUAUCAGCUUUACUCGACAAAAUGGGUUUUUCUGCUAUCGAUUGUGAUCUUUGAGGCCGGGUCGUCAUUGGCGGCACUUUCACUGAUCAUGUGUCAUGGAGAUGGUGCUUCUACAUCAACUUGCCGAUUGGUGGCUUUACAAUUGCUGGCAGUGGUCCUCUUCCUCCAUAUCGAAUCGCCCAAGCACGAGAAGCUUACUAUUAUUGCUCAAAUCAAACGAGUUGACCCCAUUGGAAUAUUUUUCUUUAUCCCGUCUAUGGUGUGCCUCAUCCUCGCUCUCCAGUGGGGUGGCUCUACCUAUUCCUGGUCGGCACCGAAGAUCAUCGCCCUUCUUGUCACCUUCUCCGUCCUUUUUAUUGCUUUUGUCGUCGUUGAGGUUCUGAUGCCAGAGGACGCAAUGGCCCCAACCCGAGUCAUCCUAAAUCGUUCCAUUGCAGGCAGUAUGACAUUCAUGUUCCUGCUCUCGGGGGGCUCGAUGUCCGUUGUCUACUAUCUGACGGUUUGGUUCCAAGCGGUCAAGGGCGACUCGGCGAUGCAUGCCGGUGUCAGCACCAUUCCAUUGAUCUUGUCUCUGGUCAUUAUGAGUAUCGUUGCUGCCAUUUGUACGGAGAAGAUUGGCUAUUAUGUUCCGGCAAUGCUGCUCUCCCCCGUCCUCUGCUCUAUUGGCGCUAGUUUGCUUUCGACCCUCUCGCCAAGCGGAGUAAAAUCUGCUCCGGACCCCCUCCUUCUUGAGACGAGGGUGAUGCUGCCUGGUGCCCAUCUCCGGCUCGCACGCCCCAGGAGAGGCGCGCCCAUCCAUAACGAUCAAAAAAGCGUUUUACCAUCGAGCUACUCGGCAGUAAUGGCAGGGUUGAAGACGUUGAGGCUUGGAAACCCACGUCAUGGAGAACGAGACACGCUGCGAAAAUAA